AUGUCCCCGUCCACCCCGCUGCGGGCAUUUCUUACUUCACUCCGGCGCAGUCCCCCCCCCGCCGGAACUGCCCGUGACCCCCAAACCACCGGCAAGCCAAUCCCUAAACUCUUCAAGCCUUUGACCAUCCGUGGCCACACUUUCCAGAACCGCCUAGGUGUGGCGCCCAUGUGCCAGUACAGCGCUGAGGAUGGCCACUUGACACCCUGGCAUAUGGCUCACUACGGCGGUAUUGCCCAGCGUGGCCCUGGAAUGAUCAUCAUCGAGGCCACCGGCGUGGUUCCCGAGGGCCGCAUCACUCCAGGCUGUUCCGGCCUUUGGAAGGACUCUCAGAUCGCUCCCCUCAAGCAGGUCGUUGAAUUCGCCCACAGCCAGGGCCAGAAGAUCGGUAUCCAGCUGGCUCACGCGGGUCGCAAGGCUUCCACCGUCGCUCCCUGGUUGGGUGGUGUCACCGCCACCAACGCUGUUGGCGGCUGGACAGACAAUGUCAAGGCCCCCAGCGCAAUUCCCUUCGCUGAUGGUGACAUUAUCCCCAAGGCCAUGACCGAGGAUGAUAUCGAGGAGGUCAAGACCGCCUGGGUGGCUGCCGCUGAGCGCGCCGUCGCUGCUGGCGUCGACUUCAUUGAGAUUCACAACGCCCACGGAUACCUGCUGUCCUCCUUCCUGAGCACCUCCUCCAACCAGCGUACCGACAAAUAUGGUGGCAGCUUCGAGAACCGUAUCCGUCUCCCCUGGAGAUCGCCCAAUUGA